CUGUUGGCGUACCAAUUCAAUUGGGUGUUGUAUGGUGUGCUAGUCAUGCAAGUUUACACAUAUCAUCAAGUGUCAUUUAGAGAUCAUGUCGCCAUAAAAUGUCUCGUCUAUGGUUUAUUUGCUCUAGAAACUGUGCGGACGAUACUCCUCACCCACGACUCGUUCCAACAACUGGCGCUGAAUUGGGGAAGCCUGGAAGGCCUGUACACGCUCAAUUAUCUGUGGUUGGAUGUUCCGAUCUUCAUUGGAAUAAGCAGCGUCUGUAUUCAGUGCUUCUAUGCGUGGCACAUAUACAUCCUCGGACAAUCCAAAGCGUUGAGCAUUUUGAUCCUGUUGGUUGCCUUGAUGCAAUGUGGAGGGGCAUUUGCUGAAGGAAUCCUCUCCAAGGUCUAUUCAAAUGUUCCCGGUACACAGAUCAAUACUCUCAGGAGCUGCACAGUUUGGCUGGCAGGAACUUCCACUUGCGAUGUCAUAAUUGCAUGUUCGAUGGUAUACCAUCUUUCACGAAAGCGGACAGGAUAUAAAAGCACGGACAUUGUUAUAAAUAAACUCAUCCAACUUGUGAUUGAAACUGGUAUGGCUACUGCUAUCAUCGCCAUCAUUGAGCUUUCUCUGUUCCUCCAGUUCAAGCAUAAUUUCUAUCAUAUUGUGCCUGCGCUCCUGCUCUCGAAGAUGUACAGCAACUCAUUGCUGGCCCUUCUUAACAAUCGGGUGUCUCUCCGGAACCAGGCUUCUAAUCCCAAUUCAUCAAUGUCCCCUGCUAUCUGGCGUGACAGCAGCGAAUGA